AUGUCCACGUUCGUGCACCAGGCCCUCGUGCGCAGGAAGGUGGUCGUGGAUCUCAUCGAGGGGGCGAAGGCUCGCGGGCAUCGCGCGCGCCGGAACGUGGACAUGGAUGAGGCCCGGAAGAGAGCCAUGGAGCUUCUGGAGGAAGGCGUGCCGCCGGAGAUCAUGCGCCUGGUGCCCCUGGACGACGCGCUUCACAAGGUCCAAAUGCAGAAGGCGGCGACGCCCGUGCCGAGGCCCGACGGGCUACGAGAGGCGGGAGAGAUUUUGGAGACCACGAAGGCGAACGCCGUGGUGUGUGAGAAGAGCAGUUUCGACGAGGGAGACAUCAAUGCGCGACGGAUUGAGGCUGUGCGGACCUUCGUGCAACGGCUAGAUGCGGCGCGAGAAGCAGUGGAGCGCGACAUGCUGACUCAGGCCAGGACGUGGUUCACGUGCGUGUCAGCGAACGCCACGGGGGAGGUGGAACAGCUCACUCCCGCGGAAAUCGGGGAAGGAGCGAACCAGAUUUAUCGCGCGCUCGACGAUAAGUACGUAGACAUCAGCAAUAGGAAACAGAAAGUAAACGGCGACAUGACAAAAGUGCGGCACGUGCCAGGGCUGGGGAAAGCCGCCCACAAGCUGCUGACGCACAUCGAGCACACCUCGCGGCGCCUGGCUGGGGCGCAGGAAGCGCGUCGAGUCAUGCGGUUUGAGACGAACGCGCUGCGCGUGCGUUGCGGCGUUCCCAUAUUCGUAACCUUCUCGCCCGACGAAGGCCGCAACCUGCUCGUGGUGCGGCUCUCGCGCACUCGACGGCAGGACCCCGCGCACAAGGCAGCCGAUGAUGAAGCGCACUCGCGGCUGGCGGGGGGUCGGGGCUGGCCAAGCGUAGCCCCCGACAUGGAUGGGCUGCGCAUGGACUUGCCGAUGGCCGCGGGGGAGGCAGGAGUGCCGCAAUGGAGCGAGCGCAGACGAAUUCUUGCCAGAGAUCCCAUGGCCAGCGUAGACGGCUUCCGUAUCCUGGUGGACGCCACGCUCCGCCACUUGUUCGGCGUGCG